GUGGCACGGCACCUGCUCUUUCAGUCUCACAUGGCAACAAAAACAACUUGUAUGUCUUCACAAGGAUCUGAUGAUGAACAGAGAAAAAGAGAAAACAUUCGUUCCUUGACUAUGUCUGGCCAUGUUGGUUUUGAGAGUUUACCUGAUCAGCUGGUGAACAAAUCCAUUCAGCAAGGUUUCUACUUUAAUAUUCUCCGUGUGGGGGAAACUGGAAUUGGAAAAUCAACACUGAUUAACACAUUGUUUAAUACUAAUUUUGAAGACUAUGAACCCUCACAUUUUUGCCCAAAUGUUAAACUUAAAGCUCAGACAUAUGAACUCCAGGAAAGUAAUGUUCGAUUGAAACUGACCAUUGUGAAUAGAGUGGGAUUUGGUGACCAAAUAAAUAAAGAAGAGAGCUACCAACCGAUAGUUGACUACAUAGAUGCUCAGUUUGAGGCCUAUCUCCAAGAAUAACUGAAGAUUAAACGUUCUCUCUUUACCUACCACGAUUCUCGCAUGCAUGUGUGCCUCUACUUCAUUUCACCGACAGGCCACUCUCUGAAGACACUUGAUCUCUUAACCAUGAAGAACCUUGACAGCAAGGUAAACAUUAUACCAGUGAUUGCCAAAGCAGAUACGGUUUCUAAAACUGAAUUACAGAAGUUUAAGAUCAAGUUCAUGAGUGAAUUGUUCAGCAAUGGCGUCCAGAUAUACCAGUUCCCAACAGAUGAUGACACUAUUGCUAAGGUCAAAGCUGCAAUGAAUGGACAGUUGCCGUUUGCUGUUGUGGGAAGUAUGGAUGAGGUAAAAGUCGGAAACAAGAUGGUCAAAGCUCGCCAGUACCCUUGGGGUGUUGUACAAGUGGAAGAUGAAAACCACUGUGACUUUUUAAAGCUGCGGGAAAUGCUCAUUUGUACAAAUAUGGAGGACCUGCGAGAGCAGACCCUUACCAGGCACUAUGAGCUUUACAGGCGCUGCAAACUGGAGGAAAUGGGCUUUACAGAUGUGGGCCCAGAAAACAAGCCGGUCAGUCUUCAAGAGACCUGUGAAGCCAAAAGACAUGGGUUCCAUGGUGAACGUCAGAGGAAGGAAGAAGAAAUGAAGCAGACGUUUGUGCAGCCAGUAAAGGAGAAAGAAGCCAUAUUGAAAGAAGCUGAGAGAGAGCUACAGGCCAAAUUUGAGCACCUUAAGAGACUUCACCAAGAAGAGAGAAUGAAGCUUGAAGAAAAGAGAAGACUUUUGGAAGAAGAAAUAAUUGCUUUCUCUAAAAAGAAAGCUACCUCCGAGAUAUUUCACAGCCAGUCGUUGCUGGCAACAGGCAGCAACCUGAGUAAGGACAAGGACCAUAAGAACUCAAUUUUUUGUGAAACAGAAGUUCCAGAGCACAGAAGGUCAUCAUCACAAGCAAACUUUAUAAAAAAGAAACUAGAAGUGUGCUUUGAUUUUGCUGUUUUUUGUUUUAUCAUUUCUAUAUUUGGUGAACGGCCACAGUUACUGAUAUUUAUGGAAAAGUACUUUCAAGUACAAGGUCAAUACGUAAGCCAGAGUGAAUGAUACUACAAGUUGAGCAUCUCUAAUUCAAAAACCUGAAAUCCGAAGCUUCAAAAUCUGAAUCUUUUUGAACACUGACUUGACCCCACAAGUGGAAAAUUCCCCACCUGACACCUUUGCUUUCUGAUGGUUCAGUUUAAACAGAUUUUGUUUCUUGCACAAAAUUAUUAAAAAUGUUGUAUAAGUUACUUUCAGGCUAUAUGUAUAAGGUGGAUGUGAAACAUGAAUUAUGUAAUUAGAGUCGGAUCCCAUUGUGUACACGCAGAUAUUCCAGAACCUGAAAUCCAAAACACUUCUGGUCCCUAGCAUUUUAGACAAGGGAUACUCAGCUUGUACCUAUAUAUUCAUAUAUAUUCACUGUUGUUAGAAAUAUUUAAGUUGCUGUUUUGUGAUGAAUCUAAAUCUUUUCUCUUGCUACCAAGCUAUUGUCACUGCAGUGUAUUAUACCAAAGAGCAAGGUGUCAGUGCCAUUGAAAAUACAGAACCCAUUAAUAUCA